CCGGAAAAAUUAGACGACCUGGACAUAAACUUAUUCGAAGAAGAAGUAAAGAGCAUAGACGAGAAAGAAAAAUUACCGCGACCAUCCCCGAGUUCCGGAAAGCGUCGUGCCUGGUUGAGAAAGCACAUGCCCCAGUCGCUGGACGAGGACGAAGUGCUGCAGAUCCGCAGCGGAGGCUCUUCAGUGGACAACUCCAGGCGAGAGAGCCUGGCUAGCCAGGCGAGCGGAUCGCCGAGCCGAACUUCUCCGAAGAAAUCUCGGGAUCGCAAGGUCGUGUCCCAGGACGACGUGAUCCGCAGGCCUCGCAGAGAGCGCAGUGACUCUCCAGGAAACGAGAGCCGACUCAGCGCUGGAGCGCGGCUCUAUCGCGUGCUGGAGGAGCAGGCUCUUGGCGAAGUGAUCGUUGCUUCCGCGGAGGGACUCUAUAUCAAUGGACUCAGAGCCAUUGAACGAGAUGAUAUCCCAAUCGUGGCGAAAGAAGACGGGACAGCUGACAAAAACUUGGUAUCGAUAUCAGAAGAGCAGGAUUCAACGGAACCAAGUCGCAUUGGUUCGCUCCGCCAGGGUAAAGACAAGAGCUCCAAGAUCACAAACUUCAGUUUGACUAAAAAGCCUCGAGAAAAGGACAGCAGAGCGAAGAAUGGAAUGGUAGAGAAAGAGAAGAAAUCAGGACAGAUUAAAGACUCCAAGAGCCGGAUUGAUGAAGAAGUUAAUGGUGGAGUCAAGAAGAAAAACGACUCGAUAAUCAGCGACGGGAACUCGAGCUUCACUGAAGCGGGAUUAAAUGACACCGCUGACCUGGAGCUGGAGAAGUGCCGUGGCUAGCAUGAGAGCCCUCGAUCCAGACCUUAAUUCUUCUGUCCAAGUCAGCUCGGUUUAGUCUCUGUUUAUUUUUUAGUUAGGAUUUCUGAGGCUCUGACGGGAACAAUUAAAUAUGUUUUACGUAAUUAAUGUGCUGUUGGUUGUUGACUAUUAUAAGUGUUGUUAAUGAUGAUGAAGAUGAUGAUAAAGAAGAA